AUAACUACGAGCAGUCGGUUCCCGCUUCCAGACCUGUUCUGGCGUCGACUGCGAUUCAACUGUGGUUCACCGCCAGUGAAUGACCAACCUCUCCUAACCCACCUUUCCUCAACCCACCUUUCCUCAACCCACCUUCUCUCAACCAACCUUUCCUGCCCAACAUGCUCCUCUCCCUGAAGAACUUGGCCCUCCUGGCACUGAUCACGGGCGCCGCAUCCGUCGAGGCUCAGAAGACCGGCAGGACGACUCGUUACUGGGAUUGCUGCAAAGGAUCAUGUGGUUGGUCGGGAAAGGCCGCAGUCAACCAGCCCAUCACCAGCUGUGACAAGAACGAUAACCCGUUGUCGAACAUGGCCGCAAAGAAUGGGUGCGAGGCUGGCGGGCAAGCCUACAUGUGCACGAACCAGUCGCCGUGGCAGGUCUCCGAGAACUUGUCGUACGGUUUCGCCGCCGUUAAGCUUGCCGGUGGGAAUGAGGCUAGCUGGUGCUGUGCCUGCUACAAACUGACAUUCACAACCGGGCCCGCAAAGGGGAAGCAAAUGAUUGUCCAGGCCACCAACACCGGUGGCGAUCUCGGACAGAACCACUUCGAUCUCGCCAUGCCCGGCGGUGGCGUUGGACUCUUCAAUGGCUGCACGAACCAAUGGGGAGCGCCGCCCAACGGCUGGGGCAAGCAGUAUGGCGGUAUCUCCUCGCGCUCCGAGUGCGACAGCUUCCCCGAGAAGCUCAAGCCAGGAUGCUACUGGCGCUUCGAUUUCUUUCAGAACUCAGAUAAUCCAGACGUCACGUUCGAGGAAGUCGUAUGCCCCAAGGCGAUCACGGAUCGGUCUGGCUGCAUUCGCAACGGGCAGACGCCGACUUAGGGGAUUGAUGGCACAUAUGUUCCCCAGGCCACAUCGGCGCCGAUUCCCAAGCAUUGAAGGCGGAUUGGUACAGGGAUCUUGAGCAAGAGAUGACGAUGACUCGUGGAGAACACACUAUGUAUAUAUGAGCAGUCGAAAAAUCACAGCCG